AUGCAUUCCAACGCUCGAAAAGGUGGUUCAGUCCCGUUUCGAGAGGCCUCAAUUAACCAGCAUAGCCAAACCACGCGGAAAGCGUGGUACCAUACAGAUAACCACCUCCCUCGACUGCCACCUGACAUCCGUCUUGAUGAAUCAGCCCAUUCAAUCGACACCAAAACUACUAUUUCAUGCAUCCAGCCUUUUCCCACCUGGUUUCCCCAUGCACACCUUCGUUCCCUUCGCCUGACUCAUGCGCUCGGCCCACUCAAAUUCAAACUAACAAUUCCACACUAA